AUGUCCGGCAGCCCUCGCAAACACCGUGCGCCUUUUCGACCAGUCGACACCCUCUCUACCGCCCAGAAGCCCGUCUUCAAAGCCCCUACCACCCCCGGCACUGCAUACGUUUCCGACGACAGCGACAUCCCCCGCGAGCAGUCGGCCUCUCUCCUCGGCGAUUCAAGCACGCUUUUUGACGACAUUGAGAGCCCUCCAAGCUUCAAACAGCAGCGGGAAAGUCUUCAGACAAGGCUGAAGAUGGUGCGAGAACGAGAGCCUCCAAGGCCGCCGCCACCCCGGGAUGGGGCAGUGCCUGCUCCGAAGCCUCUACAAGAGCUCAAGAAUUCAACACCGCAGUUUGGGGAGACCAGUCCGAUACGGAACCCCCUCAAGAAAGACCGGAGCGAACAGUUUGCUCACCUCUUCAACAAGCCCAAGCAAGGCCAGAUGCGACCCGAACAUAGCCAGUCGACCAAACUUCCGUCACAGUAUUCGGCACCACCAAGAGCCUCCCAGAGCUCAAGUUCUAGCAUGGAUACUCUCAGUCGCCCGUUCAAGGUCCCGUCUUCACAAACCGGACCACGCUAUAGCACCGCAUCUACCUCUUCCAAUGGUUCCGACGUCUUUGAGAUCCCUGCUUCGCAGUUCCAGCCGCGAUCAUCUCAAGUCGGCCCCGUGCCUAUUGCAAAGCCUUACAAUCCCCCAUCAAAAACGACUCAUGCACCGCCGCGACCGAUAUACUCGUCCAUGGGCCAUGCUGAUGACUUCCGGCCAGUGAACAAAGGCACACAUAACCCGCUGCAGCAAGCGCGCCAGACAGUCAUCUUGGAUGAUGAAGAUGACUUUGAUCCGGAUGAGGCUAUUCGGCGUGAAGGAAGCCGUUUCGGUGAACCCGACAUGUACGCGUAUGUCGAUUCUGGUGCAGCAAGCGAAAACAUCAAAGCACUGUUAGAAGGAGCAUUUGAUGAAGAAAACGAGAAGAUCCCGAGGACGCGUCUUCGUAAGAAGAAGAAGCAACAAGAGGAUGACGCCGGUAAAUCCCUUGCCGACCGACUUCAAGCACUCGCAGUCAAAGAAGAAGAAGAAGCCAAAGCCGAACCCGAACCCGAAGAGGAAGAAGAAGAUGAUGGAACAGUCGAAGGCCUCAAGGUCAAGCUUCUGCCUCAUCAAGUUGACGGUGUGGCAUGGAUGAUUGAGAAGGAAACAGGCAAUCACAACAAAAAGGCCAAGCUUCCCAAAGGUGGUAUACUUGCAGACGAUAUGGGUCUGGGAAAGACCGUGCAGUCCAUUGCUCUUUUCCUCUCAAAUCCACGACCAGAGAAGGGGGUUGAGCCAGAGAACAAGAAGAACAAGAUCUCCGACUCCACAGGCAAAGGCACUCUCGUCGUCGCUCCACUCGCAUUGAUCAAGCAGUGGGAAUCCGAAAUCAACAGCAAGGUCACCAAAUCGCAUGCACUCAAGGUCCUGGUCCACCAUGGCCCGAACCGUACAAAGUCGGCCGAUAAACUCAAGCAGUACGACGUCGUCAUCACCACAUAUCAAGUCCUCGCUUCCGAGCACGCGUCUUGUGGAGAUGGCCCAGACGGCCUUAAGAAGGGCUGUUUUGCUGUAAACUGGUACCGCACCAUGCUGGAUGAGGCACAUACUAUCAAGAAUCGCAACGCAAAGAUGACCAAGGCUUGCUACGAAAUAAGCUCCCAUUAUCGCUGGUGCCUGACUGGCACACCAAUGCAGAACAACAUCGAUGAGUUGCAAAGCUUGAUCAGAUUCCUCCGCAUCCAACCCUAUUGCGAUAUGUCGUCUUGGAAAGAUUCCAUAGCAGGCCCUAUGAAGAGUGGCCGUGGUAACCUAGCGAUGAAGCGUCUUCAAGUCUUCUUGAGAGCCUUCAUGAAACGCCGUACCAAAGACGUAUUGCGCAAGGAAGGUGCACUCAACUUUGGCGGAAAGCCGAAGGACGGCGAAGAAAAGCCAGCCUUUAAUAUCGUUGCGCGCAAUGUCGAAAAUGUCAUAGGCGAGUUCACGGCAAAAGAGCGACUGUUUUACGACCGUCUGCGAGAUCGUACACAAGCCCGCCUUGACGAGAUGAUGGGCGGUGAGAAGCAGGAUUAUAUCGGAGCGUUGGUGUUGCUUCUCCGGUUGCGACAAGCAUGUGAUCAUCCUAACCUUACGAGGAGCAAUGUCAAGGAUGACAAAGACGCCUUAACCACAGGAUCAAGAUCAAAUGCUGCAGCAGGCCUUCAGACGCCGCGAAAACCCAGUGCCAAAGACGAUGCUGAUGACCUUGCAGACUUGCUUGGUGGACUUAGCGUUGCGACCAAGCGCUGCGAUAUCUGCCAGAAUGCACUUCAUAGGGAAAACACUGCUGCCGGUGGAGUACGCUGCAUUGAAUGUGAAGAGGACUUGAACAUGUCUACAAAGAAAGACAAGAAAAAGCAUCGCAAGCAUAGACACAAGGAUGGUAAAACCAAGAAGAAGCAUCGCCGACCGAAACCAGUCGUAGAGUCUGACGAAGAAGAAGAGGAAGAAGACGAGGAAGAGGAGGAGAAAAAGCCAAAAGCUGCAGCGAAAUCAGCUCGCAACCGUCGUGUUGUAGUUGAUAGUGACGAUGAUGACGAAGAAGAGGGCGAGUGGCUUGUCCCCGAAGACCAACGUGAGGUUGAGGAUCUAGGCAAGGCCGGUGGAACCGACGAUGAGAACGCUGAAGGUGGUGGUGAUACGCUGGCAUCUGUCGAUUCCGAGGCAUCAGAGAGUGCAGAUGAGAGUAAAAGCAAUCUGGAUUCUUUCAUCGUCCACGACACUGACAGCGAAGAUGAAGCACCUGUCUCUCGCAAGAAGCUGGUAAAGAAACCACAAAAGGUUAUUCAAGUCGAUUCCGAUGAAGAAGAGACGCAGAGUGAGGGCGAGAGCGAGAGCGGUUCAGACGAAUCGGGGUCCAACUCAGACGAAGACGAUGAUGCAUCAGAUUCUGAAACGUCCGAGGACUCUGGUAGUACAUCCGAUUUGACACCCUCCACAAAAAUCCGACAGCUCUUGGCCAUUCUAGAGAAAGAGACCGACGAGCACAAGGUCAUUGUCUUCUCUCAAUUCACAUCGAUGCUUGACCUGAUCGAGCCCUUUCUCAAGCGCGCUGGGUACAACUUUACGCGCUACGACGGCAGCAUGCGCAACGAUCUCCGCGAAGCAAGUCUUCAUAGACUACGAGAGGACAAGCGUACACGUGUCUUGCUAUGUAGUUUGAAAUGCGGUAGUCUCGGUCUCAACCUUACGGUCGCAAGUCGUGUAGUCAUCAUGGAGCCUUUCUGGAACCCAUUCGUUGAAGAACAAGCAAUUGAUCGUGUUCACCGCCUCAAUCAAACCGUCGACGUAACAGUCUACCGUCUCAGCAUCCACAACUCUGUCGAAGAGCGCAUUCUCGAACUGCAAGAAGCGAAGCGCAAACUCGCCAAUGCGGCCAUCGAGGGCGGCAAGGCUAUCAAGAAUCUCACUAUGAAGGACAUGAUGGCGCUGUUCAGUCGUGAAAGCGAAUACGAUCGCAGACACGAUGACGAUGCUCAGGAAGCGGUCAUGUACGGACGCACAAAGGUGCUGAAUGCUGAUGAGCAUGGAGACGAGGAGAUUGUGAUGAGGAAGGCGAGAAAAGCAGGUAGUUUGGGAUUCAAACGGACCGAGAGGAGAGAAGAGGCCGGCGCUUACGGGCGGCGUUGAGCACGCUGAGGUCUCAAGCUAUCUUGGUGUUGCGGUUGCAUAAUGGGCGUUGGUGUAGAACGGACUUGCAGUAUUCUUGGUUUUUCUC